CCCGCAGGUACGAAGUUCAUACUUAAUCUAAAUUUGUUUAUAUGCUUGUAGAUUUACGCCACCUUUCUAAUUGAUUUAAAAAAUUCACCAGGACCAUAAUAGAUUAUGGUGAAUAUUCAGCGACAUGUUCUGACAUAUAUGAAUCUUUUGCCGAUGGGAAGUGUCUCGACAAUGGAUUCAUGCAGUGUUUCAUCCAAUGUGUUAUUCAUGAUGCAAAAAAUCAGCAGACUUCCAUGAGUUCAAACAGUUUGGUUCUUGAUGUUAAUGUUGGGUCAAUACUCAACUUUGAGGAACAGGAACGACACAGUCGCAAUCCUCAACCUUUUGAUGAAUCUGUACUCCACACACUUCUAGACAAUUCAUUGCCUGAGACAGAUGAGUUGGACCAAUGCAAAGCGAUCAUGGUCCCCAUGGUAAGCAGGGGGCAUUGGACAUUGUAUGUUGUCAACAAGGUCAAGAAGUGCAUUCAUAUUUUAGAUUCCAACCCAUAUGGACCAACACUUGGUGGAACUACAUGGAAGGACUAUCAUUUUGCACAUUUGGGCUGGAUCAAAUGA